AGAUGGCUGCGCCCUUGCAGGAGUGCUGAUGAAGUGGUUCUGUGGUGAAUUUCUCAGGAUUGUGUGUGAUUUUCGUGAAACCCGGUGCACAAAACUGCCUGAUAGCCACACGGCUUGUGGCAGUGGAGCAUAGGAGUGGACUCGUUGUUAAGUGGGUGCGGUGGCUCGCGUGGCUGUGGCAGACUGUCCGUGUGGAGAUGGGCCUCGUCUCCAGCCCCUUCCCAUAGCGAAGAGCCGUGGGGAGAGGAGCCACAGAUUCCCCUGCAAACACGCACCGGUUCAACUUGGAUUUGACGGGUUUGACAUACUGUACAGACUGUGGACGUUGUCCUACAAUUUUCUCACCGGAAUUGUUUGUGCUACGGUAUCUGUCAUCGUCCGGAGACGAAGAGCUUCCCCAGCCCGAGUAGAUCGUCCCUCCACGCCGAGGGUCCUGAUGAAAAUGGAUGCAGACUUGUUACACUCACCAGCUGUGGGCUUCGCUGAGGAGGAGGCUGACAUGAAUGACUGGGAGUUGCCUUUGGCCUUCAUGAAGAAACGGCACUCAGAGAAGAUAGAGGGAUCCAAGGCCCUUGCACAGAGUUGGAGGAUGAAGGACAGGAUGAAGACGGUGAGUGUAGCGCUGGUGUUGUGUCUUAAUGUUGGAGUGGACCCCCCAGAUGUGGUCAAGACAUCACCCUGCGCCAGAUUGGAGUGCUGGAUCGAUCCUCUGUCGAUGAGUCCACAGAAAGCCCUGGAGACCAUUGGGGCCAACCUGCAGAAGCAAUAUGAAAACUGGCAGCCAAGGGCACGUUACAAACAAAGCCUGGACCCCACAGUGGACGAGGUGAAAAAGCUAUGCACGUCGCUGAGACGAAAUGCUAAAGAGGAGAGAGUCCUCUUCCACUACAAUGGCCAUGGGGUUCCCCGGCCCACUGUCAAUGGAGAAAUUUGGGUUUUUAAUAAGAACUACACCCAAUACAUCCCGCUGUCCAUCUAUGAUCUUCAGACCUGGAUGGGGAGCCCUUCCAUUUUUGUCUAUGACUGCUCCAAUGCUGGAAUCAUUGUCAAGUCCUUCAAACAGUUUGCCCUGCAGCGAGAACAGGAGCUGGAGGUGGCCGCUAUCAAUCCCAGCCAUCCUCUCGCCCAGAUGCCACUGCCACCUUCCAUGAAGAACUGUAUCCAGCUGGCUGCCUGUGAGGCCAGUGAGUUGCUACCAAUGAACCCUGACCUCCCUGCUGACCUCUUCACUUCCUGCCUCACCACACCCAUAAAGAUUGCCUUGCGGUGGUUUUGUAUGCAGAAGAGUGCCAAGUUGGUGCCAGGUGUGACGUUAGACCUUAUUGAGAAGAUCCCUGGCAGGCUCAACGACAGGCGCACUCCCCUCGGUGAACUCAAUUGGAUCUUCACAGCCAUCACCGAUACCAUUGCAUGGAACGUGCUGCCCAGAGAUUUGUUCCAGAAGUUGUUUCGCCAGGACCUUCUGGUGGCCAGCUUAUUCCGCAAUUUCCUAUUAGCAGAGAGGAUAAUGAGGUCAUACAACUGUACACCAGUCAGCAGCCCUCGCUUGCCUCCAACAUACAUGCAUGCCAUGUGGCAAGCCUGGGACCUGGCUGUGGAUAUCUGCCUGUCUCAGCUGCCAACCAUUAUUGAGGAGGGCACUGCAUUCAGGCAGAGUCCUUUCUUCGCAGAACAGCUGACAGCAUUUCAGGUGUGGUUGACAAUGGGUGUAGAGAACCGGAAUCCUCCUGAGCAACUCCCUAUUGUACUACAGGUCCUCCUGAGCCAAGUGCAUCGACUUCGGGCUCUGGACCUUCUUGGCCGCUUUCUGGACCUUGGACCCUGGGCUGUCAGUCUGGCCCUGUCUGUUGGAAUCUUUCCGUAUGUGUUGAAGCUGCUCCAGAGCUCAGCCAGAGAGCUGCGGCCGCUGCUGGUUUUUAUCUGGGCUAAAAUCUUGGCAGUGGACAGUUCCUGUCAAGCUGACCUGGUCAAAGACAACGGUCAUAAGUACUUCCUGUCUGUGUUGGCUGACAGCUACAUGCCAGCCGAGCAUCGGACCAUGGCUGUCUUCAUAUUGGCUGUUAUUGUAAACAGCUACAGCACAGGACAGGAGGCCUGUUUGCAGGGUAACCUAAUAGCAAACUGCCUAGAGCAGCUUUCAGACCCCCACCCACUGCUUCGCCAGUGGGUAGCCAUAUGCCUGGGUCGCAUCUGGCAGAACUUUGACCCGGCCCGCUGGUGUGGAGUUCGUGAUAGUGCACACGAGAAGCUGUAUAUCUUGUUGUCGGAUCCAAUCCCUGAGGUGAGGUGCGCGGCUGUCUUUGCUCUUGGUACCUUUGUGGGAAACUCAGCUGAGAGGACGGACCACUCGACCACCAUCGACCACAAUGUGGCAAUGAUGCUUGCCCAACUCAUCAAUGAUGGCAGCCCUGUAGUCCGCAAGGAGUUGGUUGUAGCAUUGAGUCACCUGGUGGUCCAAUAUGAAAGCAACUUCUGUACUGUUGCCCUUCAGUUCAUAGAGGAGGAGAAAAAUUAUACAGUGCCGUCACCAGCCAACACUUCAGAGCCUGGUAACUUGACUCCAGUAAGGGACAGCCCAGCCAUCCCACGUCUCCGAUCUGUUAACUCCUACACCAACAUUCGUGCAGUUACCACUGCCCGCAACCUGAACAAAAGCCUACAGAACCUCAACCUCAGUGAAGAAGGUGGACCAGUUGCUUUUUCACCUGGAAACCUGAGCACCAGCAGUAGUGCCAGCAGCACCCUGGGAAGCCCCGACAAUGACGAGUACAUUCUCUCCUUCGAGACCAUCGACAAAAUGCGACGGGUGUCUUCUUAUUCUUCACUCAAUUCACUCAUAGGUGUGUCAUUCAACAGUGUUUACACUCAAAUCUGGAGAGUGCUUCUACACUUGGCUGCAGACCCUUUUCCUGAAGUGUCUGACUUGGCCAUGAAGGUCCUCAACUGCAUCGCAUACAAGGCUAUGAUGAAUGCUCGCCCUCAGAGAAUUCUGGACUCUGGAUCUCUGACCCAGUCGGCUCCAGCCAGCCCCACCAGCAAAGGCACGCAUAUUCAUCAGGCAGGUGGUUCUCCUCCCAUGCCCAGCACCAGCAGCUCAAGUUUGACCAAUGAGGUGCCCAAACCCCCCACCAGAGAUCAACCUUCCACACGCCCCCCUUACACACCCACACUUGGAGGACAGGCACCUCAUUCCCACCAGUUCCCCCGCACUCGUAAAAUGUUUGAUAAGGGACCUGAACAGGCUGCUGAGGAUGGGGACGAGCCUUGUGGUCACAGAAACUAUAUCAGUGCUGCCCUACAAACAGGUCUAUGUGAUUGGAGUGCCAAGUAUUUUGCUCAGCCAGUCACUAAGAUCCCAGAGGAGCAUGACUUGCAGAGUCAAGUGAGGAUGGAGCGGCAGUGGAGAUUUCUGAGAAAUGCACGCGUCAAAAGGCAAAGCAGAAGCAUCACACAAAGAGGUGUUUCUCGACUGGACGAUCAAAUAUUCAUCAAUCGCAACCCCGGAGUUCCCUCUGUUGUUAAGUUCCACCCCUUCAACACCUGUAUAGCUGUAGCUGACAAGGACAGCAUCUGUUUUUGGGACUGGGAGAAGGGCGAGAGGUUGGACUACUUCUACAAUGGCAACCCUCGCUACACCCGCAUCACAGCCAUGGAAUAUUUGAACGGGCAUGACUGCUCAUUGCUGCUCACUGCAACAGAUGAUGGAGCCUUGCGUGUUUGGAAGAACUUUGCUGACCAGAAGAACCCGGAGAUGGUGACUGCGUGGCAAGGCCUCUCUGAUAUGCUGCCUACAACCAGAGGUCAGCCCUCCACCAGCGCUCACAGUCUAGCCAGAAGGGUCUCCAUCUAUCUUGAUAGGAGUAAGCAAGGCGGUGCAGGCAUGGUCGUAGACUGGGAGCAAGAAACUGGUCUCCUUAUGACGUCUGGAGAUGUUCGAGUUAUUCGAAUCUGGGACACUGACAGAGAGAUGAAGGUCCAGGACAUCCCGACGGGAGCGGACAGCUGUGUGACCAGCCUAUCGUGCGAUUCCCAACGUUCGCUCAUUGUCGCCGGUCUGGGCGACGGGUCUGUUCGAGUUUUCGAUAGGAGAAUGGGUCCAAACGAAUGUCGCAUCAUGACCUACAGAGAGCACGGCGCCUGGGUGGUCAAAGCUCACCUGCAGAAGGAGACAGACGGACAUAUAAUCAGCGUUAGUGUCAAUGGAGACGUGAGAUUCUUUGAGCCCCGCAUGUCAGACUCUGUUAACGUGCUGCAGACAGUGAAGGGGUUAACGGCGCUCGACAUCCACCCGCAGGCUAACCUGUUCGCCUGUGGAUCGAUGAACCAGUUCAUCGCGGUUUAUAACGCCAACGGUGACGUGAUCAGCAACAUCAAGUACUACGACGGCUUCAUGGGACAAAGAAUCGGGGCCAUCAGCUGUUUAGCCUUCCACCCCCACUGGCCCCACCUGGCAGUGGGUAGCAACGACUACUACAUGUCCAUCUACUCAGCCGAGAAGAGGCUCAGAUAACACACCAGCUUUCAUCUCUGACACCCCACGCCCUGCCCACGCCCCCUUUCACGACCAAAAACCCUGCCCACUCUAUGACUUCAGAGACCCUGACCCAGGUUGUACAUCAUGUUGUACAUAGGCAAUCCCCCCCUCCCCAAAUGUUCCCGUGUUGGCUGCUGACAAACAUAUUAUUAUAAUGAUUAUGAUCCUUGUUUAUUCUUAUUAUAAAGCUAAUGAUUGUAGACUUGGCAGUGCUGAGGAGCGUGUAUAUUUAAAUAGAGAUAAAGAGAGGUUGUAUUUUAAAGAAGCGGUAACCGCCAAUCACCGGAUCUCUUCCUCGCCUCGCAACGAGCAUCACUACCCGAAUCACCUUUGAACCCCGCCUCCAGGCGACGGGGUCACACAGAGGACUACGCACAUGCAUGAGGUGCAGGAAACAUGGACUCCUGAAUCCCCUCAAAAGCUGCGCCAAUUGGAAGGAUGCAGAUGCUGAACUCAUUUUUGUCCCACUCGUCAGCGAGGCAGAUGAGUGUCUGUGUGCUCUGUGGUGUGUGUGUGUGUGUGUGUGUGUGUGUGUGUGUGUGUCCCACUGGCCUAUGCCCAACCGUGGGCUCCCCCAAGCCUUGCACAUAAGAUCACAAAACCCUGCAAUUCUGAGCUCAUUAUUAGUCCCGCCCAGUGUGCCAAUCAUAUUUUUAAGGUUUCUGUUUACAUACUGUAUAACGUAGCAACGUGACAAGAGGCCACCAUCUUGGGAGAAGUUUCUAAAAAUCAUGGAGAGAGCACUUCAAACGCCUCAAAAUUCCUCCAUAACAAUUAAAUUAGUGAUAAAACAAAAGGAUGACGAAAGAACAUGUCCUUUUCGACUGCCCACACUGCUCUUCAAACAAAUAAUGUUCUAUUUGCGCUACUUAAGUCAAGUGUUUUAGGGCAAGUGACAAAGUCAAAACAUGACAAAAUGUGUAGGGGGUUGACUUGGAGAAGACCUUGGAGUUUCUGCCCGUGUUAUCUUAUUUGUGAUUAUUCUUGGCUGAAACUUGUCAACAAGAAUCGAGUGAGACUGUGGACGUCGGUGCAACGACGGCGACAUUGUCGGAAAAUAGAGCAUUUGCCAUUAGUCCUGACAUUGUCGCCAUUUAGUGUAUUUCUUAAAACCCCAUAGCAACUGUUGAUAUAAAAAAAAAAAUAAAAAAAAAUCCUGCAUCGUGACAGUUUUCUGCCGUAGUUUUAACUCAUAAACGAGUGAAACCACGAGCCGCCGCUACUUGUGACACAUUCGCCUUCACCUGUACGUUCACUUGCUACGUCCUCUGGGCGAGUUAAAUGUAGAAUAUAAUACUACACACAUCAUUCAGCGAAAGAUUUGGUAAGUUUUGAAUAAUCUUUUGAAUAAUGCACUCAUUUUGCACGGGGAUAGAUGACCCGAUAAAACUGAACUUAAUUUGUAAAAACCCAAAGUACGUGGCAUAAUCACAACUAACUCUUCGAUACUAUAUUGUAGGCUAAUCUACAGUAUAUACAGUGUUGUUCUAGCUACUCAAGAUGACAUCUUUAAAUAUUCACAGCUUUUACAAUAUAUUUUCCUUAAUGCAAAUAGUAAUGUUUGACCUUUUAUAAUGACUGUUUCGCAAGAUAUUGUUGUAAAAGUUACAAACAACUAGGUUUUUGGGGGAUCUUAUAACUUCAGGCAUCCAUAGCAUCACAUAGAAUUAAUUGUGUAGCACCAAACUUCAUAGUUGGACACAAUAGCUUUAUAAGUAGGUGCAGACCAAGUUUCAGCCAAAUCCAUCCAGUCGUUCCUGAGAAUAGAGCUACUAGUAAAACCACGUAUUUCGAUUAAAAAGUGCCCGUUACCAUGGCAAACCAAUGCUGGCAUUUUCAAAUGUUAUAUAUUUUUAAAAGUACAUUAUGAGUUCAUAUAUUAAUGUCCAAAUUCACCCAGAGUCAGCUGGGAUAGGCUCCAGCACGCCCGUGACCCUAGUGAGGAAAAGCGGUACAGAAAAUGGAUGGAUGGCUUCUUUAUUUUCCUUUUGGAAAAAAAGAAUCUGAAAAAAAUACGGACCAUCCCUUGAGAAAAACGAAAUCUUGCCAAACAUUUUUGUCAAUUUAAGCUAACUAGAGCCUUUAAAUGAGCAUCUUCACAAGAAAGAAGUUAAAAAUCGAAUUCAGCAUUAGCAAUUACAUCAAUGUGUGAAUUUCUGUUGAGAAACAAUGAAGUUAUACUGAUGUACAUUUUGGAAGCAUUUUUGGUUUUGUUUGUUUUUUUGGACCGAAUUUUUGAUAGGAUUUCUCUGGAACCCAUCAUCCGAUUUUCAAAAAUUCAGGUUGAAGUGGCCGUUCCAACCAAACUUUGCAUGAUGACAGAUUUUCAUUUUUGGGAAAUCUUGUCACGUUGCUAGUUUUAAGUGUAUGUAUAUGUUGUUUUUCACUCGGAAUAAUCAUGGCAAACCUCCGUUGCCCGAAUGAUGAUUCUCCUUCCUUAACAAGUUAGAGUGUAAUUGGCCAAACCUCCUCCUAAUAACCACAAAGGAAUUAAAACUAGGUUGAAAAAGCCAUUAACACGCUCAUUAGGCUACAGGUGCAUUAGUGGUACCUGCGAAGGUCACUGUGGUCGCCUCAACGCUUUGAACUGUUUUUCCUUUUUUACCAACAGUUUGCUUGAUGAUUAAGUGAAGUCUCAUGUUCAGGUUUAAUUCCCAAACCUCACUCAGGUACCUCAACAGCCACCGAUAAUUAAAGAGCACCCGCAUUUGGUAUAAAAAGGAUCCCCAACAAUGUGCCUCUUCAGGAGGGCUUUGUUUUAUUUGAUUUGAUCAUUUUAUCUUUGUUUUGCAAUACUGUGUUUUAAUUCCGCUUGUAUUUUGUGUGCCUUAGUCUGGCUGAGGUAGAUGGAAAAGAAAUGUGACAGCCUUAGUUUCAUACACUGUCUCUCUCUCUCUCACACACACACACACACAUUGUAACUCCUCCUUCUUCCAGUUCCACUUUCAACUCUUCACACCAGACACCCCGAUAACUUGUGGACUGCAGGUGAACAGAGCGUCCGUAGAUGACACUAGCAGCCGCUGAGCUCUUUCUCCCUGCGCUUUAGGGUCACACACACUCAGCCACUAUUGUUUUGGCACGGGACCUUGCAUCUAGUUUUAAGAUUUUACCCCGGAAAACCAAGAGACUUAAGGUAGUGCAAAAGGAACAGUGAAAACAAUCGGGUUUAUCUCUGUGACUUCUGCCUGUGUUGUUGUCUGGUUUAUGAAACAGGAGAGGAAAUA